CACUCCCACGGAAGCGGAUAAGGCAAGCCAGGCGGGGCAAACUAGAGAGAAGUGUGCUAGCUAGCUAGCUAGCAGUAAUUCAACAACAAGCAUUGAGAAUAUUCUGUUGUACAGAAGUGAGCUAUUGUAACGCAACAUAUUCUAAUAUAGCUGGUUAAAGUUUAAGAAGGGAUCGUUUUUAGGCGGAGUAUCAAUUGAACUAGCUUGCUGUAACGUGAUUGCAAUAACACAGCAACUUUCCAUAAUAGACACCAGUAGCUAGAGGCUCUAGUUAGCUACGCGAAGUCGAUGGGGCUUCGCAAGCUACUGUCAUAUAUUACCUAAAGUUGAUCAUUUUAAAAUGGCAGCAAGACAGCCUUUCACAGACUCCGACACUGCGGAUGAAGCAGUGAGGGCGACCUGUGACGAUGCAACGACAUGUAAAAGAUUUGCAACCAGCAAAGGCUACUGGACUGACCCUUAUGUCCAGUACUUUGUGAGGUCAGUAGGUGAGAGGAAGGCUCCUGAAAUUAACAGAGGUUACUAUGCCCGUGUGCAAGGGAUGAACCACCUGCUGGAUGCAUUCCUCAGAAAGACAGAUUGUGACUGUCAGAUUGUCAAUUUUGGGGCUGGCCUGGACACCACCUUCUGGAGACUAAAGGAUGAAAACCUAAUGCCAAGGAAAUACUUUGAAGUUGACUUUCCCAUGAUCGUUGCCAGGAAAAUACACAACAUCAAGACAAAACCACCCCUGUCUAAACCUCUCAUCGAGACCCACUCCACUGACUCACUACUACUAGAUGGCCACAGCCUUGACUCAGACAGAUACUGCAUCAUCGGGGCAGACCUCCGGGACAUCUCAGGGUUAGACGAAAAACUCAAGAAGUUCCAACUGGACCCAGAGCUGCCCACCUUGUUCCUGUCCGAGUGUGUCCUGGUCUACAUGACUCCAGAGCAGGCUUCCAAGCUGGUGCACUGGGCUGCAGAUACCUUCCACACUGCCAUGUUCAUCAACUAUGAACAGGUCAACAUGAUGGACCGCUUUGGCCAGGUGAUGGUAGAGAAUCUGCAGCAUCGUCAGUGUAACCUGGCUGGAGUGGAGGUUUGCCAGUCUCUGGAGUCCCAGAAAGAUCGUUUUCUAAAGACAGGCUGGGAGCAUGCAGACGCUCUGGACAUGAUGACAGUCUACAGUGUUCUCCCUCAGGAAGAUGUGGCCAGGAUCGAGCGUCUGGAGUUCCUGGAUGAGAAGGAGCUGCUGCAGCAGCUGCUCCAACACUACAGCAUCUGCUGGGCCACCAAGGACAAGCUCAGCCUGGGACUUUCUCACGUGGCGUUCUGAGCGUGAGCUGGCCUGCUGGAGCCUGGCCUGCUUCUCUGUCUGUGACCCCCCCUCCAUUCAGACCUUCUCCCUCCACUACCAGCACCGUCAAGGAGGAGAAGCAAGGAACAUUUCAAGGAGGAAGUAUCGAGACAUCCUUCCGUCGCAGUCAUUCAGAAAUCCUGCUGACUGCCAUGUUUCCAUUGAAGCAUCUCCAAGUGCUCUCACGACCCGCCGUGGCUGACGACGUCCGUCACUUCCCCCCUUCGACAUGUUACUUGACAGGAAGGUGGGGGUCAAGUGUCUCAUCAUGUUCGAGCCCCCGUCGCUAUGGUAGUGAAACACCCUCGCUUCAGCGGUUGCCAUGCUGGCUUAUGUUUGUUCAGCACAUCCCUUGGAGACCAGCCGGAUGUUCUUGUUGAAGAAGACGAGUUGUUCCUUCUGAAAGUUCAGUGCAGCACAGUUUAUGCUGGAAAGGACUGACCCUAGUCAUUUGUGGGAAAAUUUAAUUUUUCUGAUUUCAUUGGUUUUAAAUGACUGUUGAAUGAAAAGGGAGUUGGCUGCGUUUGUGGUGAGAGGGUGAAGUAUGUUGGAAUCCUUUUUGUCUGUGUGACACGAUUUGUAUGUUGCAAAGUUUUGAGCCAAAUUUCUGCAAUUUAUUUCUGAACUGCACUUCUAAAUGUCAUCUGAUUCAAUAUAUUUCCCCCCCAAAAGAGGUGUAGUUUACCCAUGUAGUGCAUAUAGAGCAGUAAAAAAAAAUGAUUUGCCUGCAACCAUCUUGCCUCCAUUAGACUGUCAAUGUCAUUUCAAGUUUUGACAGUGUUGCAUGUAACAAGACUAUGACUGCAAAUGACUUGUGACUGAAUAAACAUCCAAUUUUUGGGAACGAA